AUGAGAAAGCUGGUCCAAGAAUUGGGAAUCACACAGCGGCUUACACCGGUUUGGACACCGCAGUGUAACCCCGUAGAGAGGGCAAACCGCACGGUGAAAACCAUGAUCGCACAAUAUGUGGGAGAAAAUCACCGUCAGUGGGACGCGAAUCUACAUGAAAUAAAGUUUGCGUUCAACACGGCGAAGCAAGAUACUACCGGGUUUUCACCCGCGUAUCUCAAUACAGGCAGAGAACUGCCUGGACCGCAUAUCCGGGAAAGGGAGCAUAGAGAGUCACAAGUACCAAGCGAAAUAGGAAAGCGACUCGAAUCGGCACACGAAUUAGUACGGAUAAAUUUAGCCAGGGCAUUUCAGAAGCAAGGUAAAUACUACAACCUGCGGAAAAGAAAAGGGAAACCGAAAAUAGGCGAUGUGGUAUGGAAACGGAACCAUGCGCUUUCAAGCAAGGAAAAAGCAAUAAAUGCGAAACUUGCGCCAAAAUUUUUGGGUCCUAUGACAGUAAGAAGAAUAAUAUCUCCGGUAAUAGUAGAUUUACAGGACAAAAAUAAAAAAUGGUACAAACAAGUACAUAUACAGGACCUAAAAACAGAGAAUGACCUGGAUGACGUAACAGCCGAUAAGGAGGGGGUAAACGAAAACCAGGAAUAA